AUGAGUAGAGCUCCAGGUGCUCGUUCAGAGAUUGGAGAAGUGGGAUCAUACAGAGGAACCACUGCUAAGCAGGGACGAGUUUUCUUGGGCAAGACAGUGUUGAUGUCAACAGUGGCCAACAGGCUCCUGGCCGAGAAGCAGGAUUUCGGUAGUGAAACUUUCGUCGGCUACUUUUAUUUCAGCCAUGGCUUGCAAGAACCGCACAACAGCCUUCUGCGUGCUCUCUUAGAGCAAUUCAUGGACCAGAAUGCGGUCUUGUUGAGCGAACUAAUCUACAAGCAUAUUCAUGCUUACGCUGAUGGAAUAAGGGAGACAGAAAUGCUACCGAAACUUUUCAAACGAGCCAUUGAGACGCGCCGCACCACCUUUUUGGUCCUGGAUGGCCUGGACGAAUACACCCACAAGGAACUAGACCAGGCGCGUUUCGACUCGUACCCGUCGAUAUCGUUGGAGAUAUCUGCCCACACCGAGGAUGUGCGGCGGUACUGUGGCAAGUGUUGCAUAGAGAUACAGGAAAAGUUCGACCUGUUGCCAGACAAGCGGGAAGAGAUUGCUGAAAGGGUGGCACAAUUAUCAAACGGCAACUUCCUCUACGCUCGAGUCCUCCUUCGCCGUAUACUCAGCUAUCCAGCAACUAACAACCCGGGGGCUGCGUUGUGGCCGAGUAGGUUGGAUUCCGGGACGAUGACUGGUGUGUCCUUGUCGGCGCGAGAACCAGGCAUGAUCAACAUUGGCCUUGAGCAUGCCAAACUAUCCCGUUUCUGUUCUGAAUACCUGACAUCGCAACGAUUCAGAGCUGAUGCCUUUGCUGAGAAAGUCAUGACCUGGGAAGACAUUGAAUUUUAUGAGCCCCUGGAUUACACAGUCCAACACUGGUAUCACCACGCCAAGGCCACUAUCGAGGCUUACAGAAUUCAUACCGAGUAUGGCGAGGCUAUCAAGUCGCUUGGAAUCUUCCUCUGGGCGCACAUGAGGGAAGCGUCGUACUGGAACGGAAAGCCCCCAAAAAGUAUCCAAGAUGUGCUAGAGUUGUUCGAACACAUACACGAGGGCGCGCAUGAGCGUAACUUGCAGUUGCGACUUGAGAGCCGAGUUAGUUUCAUUCGGAGACAAAUUGAGAACCUAUACUGGAACAAGGCACACUCUUGGGAAGGAGUAUCUACUGGUCUGGACGGAUCUGAACAGAAACUCAUUCUCAAGUGCCCAAAACCAUGGUGCUCCUUCUUCACUGGGAGUUUUGCAACCAUCAAGGAUCGAGAUGUUCAUCUGGAGCGUCACCAGAGACCCUUUUAUUGCGCUGUUCAAAAAUGUUUUGCGCAUAAGCUUGGCUUUGAAUCUCUACAAGGCCUGUACUGUCACCACUGGAGGUCGCACCAGCCUGAAUUCCGACUAAAGAGCCCUCAGCCUUCACAAGAUCUGCCACAGGCCCUGAAAGAAGCACUCAGUUCGGGAAACCCUGUCGUUGUGGAGGAGGCACUAAGUUUAGGCGAGUUCACAAAAAGCACACUUACAACCACAUUAUGUAUGGCGGCUAGUCGGGGCUUCCUGGCUGUCUGCAAGCUGCUCAUUUCCAAGGGGGCAGAUAUCAAUGGACCUGGGGACGAGUCCAUGGAAAGUCCACUGGAGGCGGCUGCUUCGCGAGGAGACGCAGACAUGGUGAAACUGUUCCUGGAUCGGGACGUCUAUCCUGAAAAUUCCCCUGAAAUUUCCCUGAAAUUUCCAGCGAAGCUUUGGACAUAA